GGCUACGCCAUAAUACUGCACCUAACCACCACCUCCGAGUCAAAGCCACAAUUACGGACAGCGAUUGAAUAGUUCUGCCCAACCGGCCGAGAUUGCCGAGAUUGAUCUCACAACACAUAACUCGACGAUUACAUAUAUGAACCACCUCAUGAAAGCCACCUGCUAUUCGCGAGAGUAAAGGAUGCCUGCCCCAGGCGAUCAGCAUCUUAACAAUGUUGGGAAUCCCUUCGAAGAGCCGCAGAAACGCGUCUCCGAAUACACGGCCCAGGAGAUAGCCACGCUGCAAAGCCGCCUAGAGAGACAACUCGGUCCCGAAUACAUCUCUGCUCGAUCCGGGCCCUCGGGGCAGAAGGUGCACUACAUUGCCGCCGAAAAAUGCAUUGCCCUCGCAAACGAAGUAUUUGGCUUCAACGGCUGGUCCUCGUCCAUCCAGAACAUCCAGGUUGAUUUUGUCGACGAGCACCCCCAGACGAUGAAGAUCAGCCUCGGACUUUCCGUCAUUGUCCGUGUCACAUUGCGGGAUGGUACAUUUCACGAGGACAUCGGGUACGGGCAUAUCGAGAACUGCAAGGGCAAAGCGGCUGCGUUUGAAAAGGCCAAGAAGGAGGGCACCACCGAUGCCCUGAAGAGGGCGCUGAGAAACUUUGGUAACGUGCUUGGGAACUGCAUCUACGACAAGGACUACCUUGCCAAAGUGGUCAAGUUGAAGGCUGGGCCGACGAAGUUCGAUGAAAGCAGGCUACACAGGCAUUCGGGUUACGCGAAGAAGGACGAGCCGGCGAGAAAGGAGGCGGAGCCGGUGAAGAAAGAAAAGACGGAUGGAGAGAAGGACGCACUCGUCCGGAAGGAAAUGGCAGACUCCCUCGACGAGCUCCUCGAUGCCGAAUUUGACGAAGCGGAUUUUGCCAUUGCCGAGGAGGAACAUCCAGACGAGGUUGCGCUCUCUAACGCAGACUCGAAUGCGUCGGACGUCUCACACCAGCGAUCGAACGCUGCGCCGAACAUGCAGCCUCCUGCGCGCCCCAUGAGACAGAGCGGUCCGGCAGCGAACGUAUCCGCCAAUCCCCGGCUUCCCCAGACGCCGAACCAGCCCAACAACCCCCGAGCAAGACCGGCACCGGCACAAGGGCCGAAUAACAAUCGUAUCCAAGGCUGGCCAUCCAACGCGCCCCAACCACUUUCGCGAGCUGCCACCAACACUCCCCCGCCGAGAACUAGUACCAAUACGACAGGGGAGCCCAUAGCCUUCUUCUCCGCCCGGGCUGUGCAGCACGUCCCCCUAGACCUACAACCGGGCGACCAGAGCGACCCGAACGUUCCUCUCCUCCUCCCCGCCGGCCAACAAGCCUUCAACCCCAAGGCCGAGAGCCCAUCCAUCCGCAAGACGCCAGGUAUAGACCACUCGUCUUCCAAACCGGUGGCGCGCAACGGGCAGCACGUCCCUCCCUCGUCGAGCCAGCGGGCACCCGGUGUCCAGAGUCUGGCGGCUGGGGGAGGAACGACGGGCUUCAACCCCGUCCGGCCGCAGGGUGCGGGCCCCGCCCCGGCGAACCCGCAACUGCACCAGACACGACGCAUCGGCGUCCCCGGCGGACCGCCCAGUCCCCUCGCCAACAGGGGCUCGUACCGCCCGCCCACCAUGGUGGGAAAGAGGCCGGCACCGGCACCGGCACCGGCGGCCAUGACGGAGCCGCGUCAGCCGCUCGCGGAGGUGACGAACAAGAACGGUACUGCGGUUGCUGCGGUCGGCGCCGGUGGUGCCGCUGGGACUAAUGGUGUCGAUGGUGCGGCUGCGGUUGAGACUGCUAAGAGGCAGAGGACGUCCUGACGAUCAAGGUCGGGGGUCGGGGGUUGGGGGUCAGGGGCCGGGGGCGAGGGAAAACUGUCGUUUGUUUUAUGUGGUCCAUUCUGUGGGGUUUAUACGCAAGUUAUGGUGCGGGAUGAAGAUGGAUCGCGUGUUGUCUCUUUUUCUCGCCGAGGGUUGCUCUUUUUACCUCUGUUGGUGUUUCGGAGUUCCAGGUGUCUUCAGGGGAGCGAAAUGGGUUAGUUAUCCUGCUAAGGUAGGCGCUACAUCGGGAUGGGGACGGCGAGACAGCCCACCCAUUGCCGCAAAAUCGAGGAUGAAAUAACGAGUCUAUUCGGGGCUAGCAAGGAGCUGUAUGACAAAGAUUCUUCAUUUCAGCGUGCUCGGCUAAUAGAAGCACAGCUCGAGUGGCUGGGGAAACUCGAUUUGUGGCAGAUUGAGCUG